AUGGUGAAAACUGAUUCGGCUUUAUAUUUGGGAUUCUCAUCUUCAAUACCAACUACAUACAUAUCAUUAGGAUCAACAGUUUGUUUUGUACAAGUUUUAGCAUUUUUAGAGAUUUUACAUGUUUUAUUAGGUUUCACCAAAUCAUCAUUAAUACCAACAAUGUCACAAGUUUUUGGAAGAAAUCAUGUAUUACUUUUGGCAUUAGCAUUUACACCAGAAGUUCAACGACAUUGGGGUGUAUGGACAAUGUUUUUUAUUUGGGGACUCAGUGAGUUAAUUAGAUUCCCAUACUAUUUAUAUGGUAGUAACUCUCCGAAAUUUUUAACUUGGUUACGUUAUAAUGCUUUUAUUAUUCUUUAUCCUUUAGGAUUCCUUUCAGAGAAUAUACUAUGGUAUAAUAUGCUGCCAAUAAUUUUAGAAAGAAGAAUUCAUUUUAUAGAUAUGCCAAAUAAAUUUAAUUUUGGAUUUAACUAUUAUUAUUUUUUAUUAGUUUGGAUAACUUUGACUUUGAUGGUUUUCCCACAACAAUAUAUGCAUAUGUUUAAAUUAAGAGCAAAAAAGAUGAAUUAA